UUCAGAAUGUGCCAAUUUAGAAAAUCCUUCGGCCAAAACUCUUGCCCUCAAUACUCUUAGCCCUCCGAACAGUCCUCCUUCGAAUUUGAGAUUUUGCAUUGCUAUCACUCCAAACAUCUACCACGCCUCUGAGUCCAAUGCAAGAGCACUUUCUCCACCGUCAUCGGCCAGUAGUUCCUAUACUGAGUCUAAUCUGUCUUCCUCUCUUACUAGCGUUUGCACUCUAGACAAAUGUUAUACCGGCAUUAGCUACCAAAACAAUAGUGAUGAUACCAUCUUUGAUGAUUACAACACUUGCUUAUAUUCUACCAGCAAUCCGAUUGAUAUUCCAAAUUCUAGAGCGAAGACCGAUUCUAAAAUGACCGAACAAACCAAGCCCAUCUUCGGAUUUGGAGAGG